AUGGCGGUAGACGGCACCCCUCGCAGCGUGGCAGACGCCACGCGCUUCACGGCGAACACCCCCCACGCCCAUGCGAAGGCCCGCAGCGCCGCCGCGACGACGACGACGACGACGGCGACGGCUUCUCCUCCUCAGUCCUCCUCGGCGCCAUCGCCCUCGUCCUCGUCCUCCGCCGCCAGACCCCCUACCGGCGCCCGAUCCGCGCCGCCCAGGCGACCAUCGCCCCUCGGCCCCUCGGCUGCCAGGCCCGAGUCGCUGGAGGACAAGGUGCGGCGGCUGAGGGCGGCGCAUUUGGCCGCCAGGAAUCACGAUGUCUCCAAGAUGGACAAGAUCAUCAGCAGCUCGCGGAGGUACAUGGAUGCUGCGCAUAGGUACACCGUCAUGGGCCUGAUCGGCUUCAGUGGCCUCGCCCUCCUAGUUACAGUCUACGCCACCGUCGACAUGAUGAUGUACAACCGCAAGCGCCGCUCCGAGUUCUUUGCCCUGCAGCAGGAGCUCCAGACCGACAGUCUCGAGGCUGCGCGCCUGGCUUACAUGACCGGCAAGGCCACCGACGACCAGAUCACCAUGGUCGAGGACGCCACUGCCAAGGCGAAGCAGGCCGGCAUCCCCCUGCCCAGCCUGCUGGACAAGUACUCCCCGCGCGCGGGCGGCCACGCACCCAGCACCGCCGAGACGUCCGUCUGGCCCGGCGAGGCCAUGCAGGAGAGCUCGCUACGUGGCGCUGAUGACGUUGCAGCGCCUCCGAAGAAGAGCUUCAAGGAGUGGAUAUUUGGCGGCCUGAAGAAGGAAGACACUGCGGCUGGUGCCACCGAGCUCAGCUUCAACAGGGAGGAGGCCGCCGCUUCGGGGCGGACUGGGGCAGCCAUAAACGCGUUGGCUGAGCAGGCAGACGCCAUCAAAGGCAAGGCCACGUCAGCCCUGGAUGCCGAAAGGGAGAACCAACGGAAAGGCGGCCCCCUAGAUCAGGUAGGGCUCAAUGCCAAUGCGGGCCAGAAGAAGACGGGCUGGUUCUGGUGA